GAAGUGGUUACAGUCGAAACACUUGUUUGGGAAUUAUCUUUUCUACUGAGCGGCAUUUUUGUUGUUUAUCAAUAUGUAGCAUUGAAUGUUUGUGCUCAAUUCGUACAUAUAGCUCUGGAAAUAUCAUUUGUUGCUCUUCCGCUCAUCAAUUCCUUCAUUCAUCCGCUGCUCAUCGUUUGGAAUGUACUGCCUCUUCGUGAUGCUGCCGUUCGGUUGUUCCCGUCCUUGGUUUCGAUUGUACCGGAGUACGCAUUUGUGCCGCCUCCUCCCGGUAUCACGCAUGUGACAUCCAAUGCCGCCACCACCGAUAUUUGCAUGAGAAACGGUUUACAAAAACCACGUGUCCUUACAACUGCUCAGGAGGAAGCAACACAAAAUCGCAUAUUGUCGCAGCCUUCUUCAUCAAUGAAGCCAAUCAAAGUGUGA